CGGUGCGUUUGAUAUAGCAGCAGCAGCAGCAUUAAAGUUGUGUCUGCCGAGCCUUCCCUUGUCAACUCUACAGCAUGCUAUACGUGUGUUGGAUAAACCUGCCUGAAUGGACCUUUUUUAAAUGUCUUUCUCUAUUAUGUCGCCUGGUAGUCUGCUAACAUGUUGACGUUAGCUAGCUCAGCCCGCUAACUGAACAUGGGACUCAUUGUGUCAACAUAAGACGAGUAACGCAGGAUAUCACUGGAUAUGAGCGUGGAAGAGAAACUUAAAGUUUCUGUCACUAUAUGAAGAUGUCUAAAGUCCAGAUGUUGAGAGAACUGGUGAACCGGAGACAAAGUGCGGCUGCUGAGGAGAUCCUGGAUCUGAUUGAAAGAAGCAGAGGAGAGAUCACAGACUGGUGUUAUUCAGAAGAGGAGAAACACCGACAACACAAACUACUGGAGGCUUCAGGUGAUUCACUCAGAGCAGAGCCCCCACACAUUAAAGAGGAACAGGAGGAACUCUGGAGCAGUCAGGAGGGAGAGCAGCUUCAAGGACUGGAGGAAGAUGAUAUCACCAAGCUCACAUUCACUGCUGUUUUGGUGAAAAGUGAAGAUGAGGAAGAGAAAGCUCAGUCGUCCUCACAGCUUCAUCAAAUACAAGCUGAUGAACAGAUAAAAGCUGAUGAGGACUGUGGAGGAUCACAACCAGCCAGGAGGCUGAGAGUGUUAGUGAAGCAGCGACUAACUGCAGCCGUUGAAGAGAUAUUUGGGUUGUUUGAAACAACGUUAGCAGAGUAUGACAGAGAGAUCGAAGGUCUACAGAAGCUGCUGGAAGAGGCUGUAAAGCUUGAUGGCCGGGUUAACACAGCAGAUGAUCCACAGCUGUUGGCGAUUAAAGAAGAGGUAUCGUCUGAGCAGCAGGAGUGGAGGACCAGUCUGGACCAGAAGGACCCAGAGCCCCAACACAUUAAAGAGGAACAGGAGGAACUCUGGAGCCGUGAGAAGGGAGAGCAGCUUCAAGGACGGGCGGAAGAUGAUAUCACCAAGUUCCCAUUCACUGCUGUCUCUGUGAAGAGUGAAGAUGAAGAGAAAGCUCAGUCCUCGCAGCUUCAUCAAAUACAAGCUGAUAUACAGAUGGAGACAGGAGCUGAUGGAAAGGACUGUGGAGGAUCAGCACCAGACAGGAUCUUUUGUCCAGCUCGUGAUUCACAGCAAGAAAGUAAUGAAAAGACACAUUCUUCUGAUCAUGACACUGAAAACAGUGAUGAUUAUUCACAAGAGAUGAGUCAAACUCUCUCAGGGUUAGUAACUCCAGUGGAGGAACUCUGCGCUGGUAAACCGGUUAAUAGCAUGGACAACAUGAGCGUUGACCCAGGAGGGAAACCAUUUAGUUGUUCAAUUUGUGGAAAAGGUUUUAGUCACAAAUGUGAUUUAGAGAGACACUUAAGAUUUCACACAGGGGAGAAACCAUUCGGUUGUGUCUUCUGUGAAAAAAACUUUAGUGAAAAGACAGAUUUGAAGAGACACAUCAGAGUCCACACUGGUGAGAAACCAUUCAGUUGCUCCAUAUGUGGUAAAAUAUUCAGCCAGAAUGAAAACCUGCGCAGACAUGAAAGAAUUCAUACAGGGGAAAAACCGUUCGGCUGUCCAGUUUGUACAAAGAAAUUUACCCACAGUGGGGCACUAGUUGUACACACAAGAAUUCAUACAGGAGAGAAACCAUUUAGCUGCUCACUCUGUGGAAAACGGUACAUUGACACAGGAAAUCUGAAGAAGCACAUGAGGGUCCACACUGGAGAGAAGCCUUUCAGUUGCAGCGUUUGUGGAAGAAGAUUUAAUUUUCAGUCUCAGGUCAAAAACCACAAGUGCUCUGGUGAGAGCAGUGUAACUUUAGCCCAUCAUUCAUGAGGAGAAACCAUUCCAGUCAAUGCUGGGAUUAGGGAUGCAGCCAAACACGAAUGCUGCUCACAGCUUGUGUUAAUGUAGAUUACGCAUCAUUUUCAAAUAGUGCCCAGGGCCUUUAUUAGCUCAACUGCAGAGAGAACUAGGCCUUUAUUCAACAGCUUAUAUUAGAGACGGGCCUUUGAAUUUCCCUGUUUUAUAAGUGUACUAUAUCAUAGUUUAGUAAGAGGCCUUCCAUGUUUACCAGUUGUCUUGAUAAUUCAGUAUAAUGUACAUUUCCACAGCACUAAAUCCAUUCGUACAACAACAGAGUAAUGUCAUACUCAUCACUGCUGCUCUUACCUCGUCUUCUUAGCAAAGAAACUGUUUUUGUUUGGCAAUCAUUUCCAGUUACUUAUUCUUUGCAUUUUUUCCCCCAAGUGCUACUAAAGUACCGUUAAUGAAACUCAACAUUUCCUGCACAAAUUGAAAUGUUUUCCAGUGGCUAAACGGGCAUAAUCAUUCCCAUUUCUGUUGGGCUAUUUUAUUUAUUUUUUUAAUUUCAAUUAUUGAAAUUAGUGAGUGAACAAAAACAUUGUGGUAGUAGUGCGGUAUAAUACAACAGCAAACACUCCCUGAGCAGCUCCUAAUGAAGAGCAGCUGGUGUAUCUGUUCACUGUGCAGCCAAACAAACUGGCAUUUUAAUAAAGGAGUCAGUCAAUAUAAAUUGCAACCGUGAUUUCAUUUUGUACACUUGUGCUGCUGUGUGUAGUUAUACUCACAGCAGAGGACAUGGUGAAAGGAGUUGGAGGUGUCCAGACUGUCGCCCGCAGCUCACUAUGGUUGCUCCUUGUUCCCUUACUCCCUGCAAUAUUUAAAAUGGAUCAGCUCUCAAAAAAUGACAUGGUUGUAGGGGAGUGAACACUUUACAGUAAGUUGAUGGUAACGCUGAGUUACUUGCUGCAUGAUUUCCUGUCAAUCCUGCAUGCAAGUUUAGGCAAAUUGAAUCCAGCGUGGAAAUGAUACCGCACUAAUAACAAAAAAUACUUUGUCGAGAAGAAAUUACAGAAUUACAUUCAAUGACUAUUGCUGAAAAAACGGCGUGCAUAAAUGGUACCAACAACUGACUUCAUGAAAAUGUUUAAUUUAUCAUCUAUUCUUUCCUUGUAUACAUACAAGAAUGUUCUGGGUGGAUGUAGCCAACUUUCUACAAACGAAACUUAAGAUUAGUGUUGAAAUGAAUGUUUGAUGUAAUGAUAUAUUUUAGACAAAAUAAGAUUGCAUAUAAUAUGCUGUAUAUAAUACAAUUAUUUAUUAUUUUUGGAAAAUUUCCAUAAGAAUAAAUAGUCAGGAACCAAGCCAACUUUCCUGCAUUUUAUUAAUGAAUUUAAACAGUAUAGCACCAUCAUAACCUUUAUUAAAAACAAAAAAAUGAUUAUUAAAUGAUUAUAAUAUGUAUAUAAAUUAAACACAAACCCUGGCAUUAUGAAAUGUAUAUGGAAUUAUUUUUGUUCUGUCUUCUUUUUGUCUUUUUUUUUCUUGUUCAACUGUCUAUGUAUCUGUACCUUUGUUAAUGAGCAUGAAUUCAAUAAAGAAAGCAUUAAAACAAAUAAAAAAUAAUAAUUACAGA